GUUGCUGUUGCGCUCUCUCAUGCUGCAAUUUUAGAAGAGUCAAUGAGGGCAAGGGAUCUUCUCGUGGAGCAGAACAUUGCCCUUGACUUGGCAAGAAGAGAAGCCGAGACAGCUGUACGUGCUCGUAAUGAUUUCUUGGCUGUUAUGAACCAUGAGAUGAGAACUCCCAUGCAUGCAAUUAUAGCACUCUCUUCGUUGUUACAAGAAACAAAGUUGAGCCCCGAACAGCGUCUCAUGGUAGAAACAAUUCUAAAGAGCAGCAACCUUCUGGCAACUCUCAUCAAUGAUGUCUUGGAUCUUUCAAGACUAGAGGACGGUAGCCUUCAACUUGAGAUAGCCACGUUUAACCUUCAUGCACUUUUCCUGGAGGUCCAGAAUUUGAUCAAGCCGAUUGCGUCGGUUAAAAAGCUGUCUGUCAAUCUGAAUUUGUCUUUAGAUUUACCUGAGUUUGCUAUUGGUGAUGAAAAGCGGCUCAUGCAAGUGCUUUUGAAUGUUAUUGGCAAUGCUGUAAAGUUCUCCAAAGAAGGCAGUAUAUCGAUUUCUGCAUUCGUCGCUAAAUCUGAAUUUUUAAGAGAUCCUCAAGCUCCUGACUUCUUCCCGGUGCUAACUGAAAAUAACUUUUAUUUACGUGUACAGGUUAAAGAUAUGGGAGUGGGAAUUAACCCUCUGGAAAUUCCCAAGAUCUUUAGCAAGUUUGCUCAAAACCAAACAUUGACCCCAACUAAAAACUCUGGUGGUUCUGGGCUUGGCCUUGCCAUUUGUAAGAGGUUUGUCAAUAUAAUGGAAGGACAAAUAUGGAUGGAAAGUGAAGGUGUUGGAAAGGGAGCUACUGCUAUUUUUAUUGUCAAACUUGGAAUUCCUGGACUCUCAAAUGAACUAAAACCCUCCUUUGGUCAAAAGCACCCACCCAAUCAUGCCCAUACAAUCUUUUCAGGGCUCAAAGUCUUGCUUAUGGAUGAUAAUAGUAUGAGCAGGACAGUGACCAAGGGACUACUGUCGCACCUCGGCUUUGAUGUAACAACUGUCUAUUCUGGAGAUGAAUGCUUGAGAGUUGUUAACCAUGAGCACAAGAUAGCAAUCAUAGACAUGUCCAUGGCAGGCAUAGGUGGAUAUGAGCUACUUUCUAAUCAGAUACAUGAGAAGUUUUCAAGACGCCAAGAGAGGCCAUUCAUUGUUGGCCUAAUAGGAACUACAGACCGAGUGAUAAAAGAACGAUGCUUGAGGGCGGGUAUGGAUGGAGUAAUACUCAAACCUGUUUCUGUGGAGAAAAUGAGAAAUGUUUUAACUGCGCUUUUUGAGCAUGGGGUUGUACUUGACAUGCAGUAGGAUAGGAGGAAGUUGUACUUCAAGGAUAUACUUUGGCAAUGAUAUGAAUGCACCUUGGAGGUGUGUAUAUACAAUUCAGCAUUCCGGCAAUCUGGAGAAGUUUGUGGAUCCAACUGUUUACAACGGGAGAAACUAUCUUGGGUGGAGAAACUAAAGACCCUUUUGAUUUGCAGAGAAGCAAGAUUUUUUUUCAAGUUAUUCUUGGAAGUGUUUGAAUCUACUAUCUUGGAUCACCUUCUCUUAGAAACCAAGAGUCCAUGACACCUUUAAUUUGUAGAUGAUGAUGCACAUAUCUUGGGAAGUAGCAUUUUCCCGUUUCCGGAACGUAAACGGAAACUCCUACUUUCUAGGUUCAAGUUAGGAAAAAAAUUGACAUUACCAUGUGUUGUUUUUCACGGUCCCCGUUUUUGUUUUCCUACAAUAUAGGCUUCAGAAAUGCUUUAAGAAGUCAUAAGUUAAUGUGCAAUUGUGCAUCAGUGCAUGCAUUUUUCUUCUAUGAAUGACACAUUUGCUCAUUCUUAUUUACCUUGUACCACAUAUAUGUACAAUAUGACAUUAAUUGAUUGUGUAUGGCGUGUCAAUGUGUCAUAGUGAAUUUUCAC